AUGGAUUCAGUGGUGGAUCUCGAAGCCCAACGUCUCAGGAACUUGCAGCACAAGCAGAAGCUGCUCGCCGAGCUGAAUCUAAACAAUGCCACUACACGGGGUCAUCCGCCGGCAGAUUCCACGGAGGUCAAGCCAAGGCAGAAGAGGCGACGACUCGAUGAUUCAACCGUUGUGCAGCGUGUCUCUUCACGGACGUCUGCCAGAAUUGCUGCCAAUGGAACGCGUCCAUCUUACAAGGAAGAAAAGCGUACCAGCGACACGUAUCCUCGGACCCAGACCAGGACAAAGAAGCAGAACGACCCAAAGCUGCGACGUCCCUCACCGGUACAGUCUCAGUAUUCCAACCCAAAGGCCAUAUCACCACCGCUUCCCACAGAGCCAGCGUCAUUGAUCCGAUACUACACUUCCUGGACCGCUUCUGCCGGUGUCCCUGAGCUUGAUUCGCACACCAACACAUACCACUUUGUCUCCCACCCGAAUUUCACACCAAACAUAUCGCCCCUCUCGAUUCUACUGCAAGGUGCUUUUGGAGGCACGUAUUUCUCGCCCUGGCGUAGCCGCUCUUUGCCGGUGACAUUGGAAGACGACUACCUCGCGACUCUGCCCGCCGACUGGCUAGCACAACUUCAACCGCCUGAGAAGUACAUAACGUCGCGCACGUACAAUGCGGAACUUAACAGACACGGCGUUCAGGGCGGCCAGACGCUUUCUCAGUGGGAGGACGCCGGGUGGAUCAAUUUCCAGCACGACGCCCGCGGAUGGUUUGAGUGGUAUAUUCGCUUCUGGCUCGGGCGGAGGUUGGAUGACGGAGAGGACGAAAGGCAGGUAGGACGGUGGCUGAGAUGCGUGGGGCCGAAGGGGAGGUGGAAGAGGGUGUUGUUGAAGAAGUACGUGGAGAUGGGGGUCAGGAGUGUCUUUGACGACGAAGAUGGCGAAGAUGGCGACGACGGCGACAACGCGGAAGACGAGCGGAAGGUCAGUCCGGUCAUACAUCAGACUUGCUUGCACUGGGGGUACCAAGUCACGCAGGAGGACUUAGAUGAGGCGUGGCGGGAGAGAGAAGGGGCUUAG